GUGUCGUAUUGCAGCGCUAAAGUUCAGUAGAGAAGAUGGCGGAGGGUGAACUCAACGUAGACAGCCUCAUCUCUCGACUCCUGGAAGUGCGAGGAUGCCGCCCGGGGAAGAUCGUCCAGAUGACGGAGGCUGAGGUUCGAGGUCUGUGCAUUAAAUCCAGAGAGAUCUUCCUCAGUCAGCCCAUCCUGCUGGAGCUCGAGGCGCCGCUCAAAAUCUGCGGUGAUAUCCAUGGUCAGUACACUGACCUGCUGAGGCUCUUUGAAUAUGGUGGUUUCCCCCCGGAGGCGAAUUAUCUCUUCCUGGGCGAUUACGUGGACCGAGGGAAGCAGUCUCUCGAGACCAUCUGCCUCCUGCUGGCUUACAAGAUCAAAUACCCUGAGAACUUCUUCCUACUCAGGGGCAACCACGAGUGCGCCUCCAUCAACCGCAUCUACGGCUUCUACGAUGAGUGUAAGCGCAGGUUCAACAUAAAGCUGUGGAAAACCUUCACUGACUGCUUUAACUGCCUCCCCAUCGCUGCUAUCAUCGAUGAGAAGAUUUUCUGCUGCCAUGGAGGUCUCUCUCCUGACCUGCAGUCCAUGGAGCAGAUCCGAAGGAUCAUGAGGCCCACAGACGUCCCUGAUACAGGUUUGCUGUGUGACUUGUUGUGGUCAGACCCUGAUAAAGACGUGCAGGGUUGGGGAGAGAACGAUCGGGGUGUCUCCUUCACCUUCGGCGCCGAUGUGGUCAGUAAAUUCCUCAACCGCCACGAUCUGGACCUCAUCUGUAGAGCGCACCAGGUGGUGGAGGAUGGGUAUGAGUUCUUUGCGAAGAGGCAGUUGGUCACUUUGUUCUCAGCACCGAAUUAUUGUGGAGAGUUUGAUAACGCAGGGGGCAUGAUGAGUGUCGACGAGUCCCUCAUGUGCUCCUUUCAGAUCCUGAAGCCCUCAGAGAAGAAGGCUAAGUAUCAGUACGGAGGUGUGAACUCGGGCCGCCCCGUCACACCUCCCCGCACCACACAGGCCCCGAAGAAGAGGUGAGCGGCCUGCCCCGCCCAUCCACACCGCCCCUGCACCCCACCCCACCCCCUCUUCAAAAUCCACAGCCUGGAGGCGGUACUUUACUCUCAAUCAGCCUCUCCCCCUCCUUUACACUUUUCUUAAUGUUGGUGUACAUAAUUUUUCUGCCGUGAUCAGGUGAUAAGCGCUUUCUGUACGUCUCUGCCUGUUCAGUGCUAUUUUUAAUAAUAUUAAUUACACAGAUGUGAAUGGAGGCUCACCCAGCAUACACCCACCCACCCACCCCGGAUGCAGUAUUAACGUUAAUAUCGGUGUUAGUGAUUUCUACAUGGGGUGUUUAAUUCAAGAAUUGAAACUGGAGGCUUUAAGCUGAACAUGUGUCUUUAUCAGUAUAAUUCAACCUCGUUAUCGGAUCAGGCUUCGGUACGACUUUAAUCCUCCACCAGUGACCCUGAGGCCGAGAGAUAGGGCGCGUGAAGGAGGAAGUGAACAUCACACAUAAUGACAUGCUGUAAAAUCUCAUGUCUACGCGUAAAGAUUAUCUCUGCUAGUGAUUUUCCACAGACACGGUCAUUAAUCUGAUUUAAAGAGUCCUAAUCUGUAAACUGUGCCUUUUUUUUUCUUCCUUUUUUUCCCCCUCCUGCAUGGCAUAAAAAUGAGCAUUAUUUGAUCGUAUUCCUGACUCUGAGAACGUGUUUUUGCUGUCCAACGUCAAAUCCGUUGUGCCAUGAUGAGUACAGACAAGUCGUCUGAGACGAGGAUCUAAAUCAUAUGGUGCGACCAAAUGGGACUCGGAACAGAUGGAAGUUUUGUAAAAGGCAGCGUUUUCCUCGGAUGUGUUCCUUGUUAUUGGUAACUUCACUGAACUACACCGUAACCUGUCAGUAACAAUAGUGAUUUAUGAUGAUCGCUAACUUUGCAAUAGCGUAGUCCUCUAAAAAGGUACAUGAUGAUUUUAGCUUUUAGUUUGUCUCGCACUUGUUUCCUCUACACGGCGUUAAUUUUAUAUAGUCUAACCGUUCCUGCUCAGACUCUUCGCCCCCACCCUUCUUAAGCAAGUAAAUAACCCCGUGCUCAGGUUGUCAUGGCAAUUACGUGACCCUGCAUCCGAUUUUCAGGUGGCGGAGGUGCUAACCGUCGACCCUUGAGAGCUUUGAAAUUCCUAUCGUCAUCUCGCUCGGUUUCUCAAACUCCGUUCUUUUGUUUGUAGCUUGAUGACUACCAAGCUACAUGACCUUUAACCUUGUGAUGUAGCUUUCACAAGCUAGCUUUAUUUAUUGCUCGAGUCAUUAGUGAUAUUACCAAGCUGUUUUAGCUAGCUCUAGCAAACCAGAUUAAAAUAUUUUUCAGGUCACUCCAUUUUUUUUUUUUUUUUUUGUGUAUACAGUGCAGGAAGUCAUGUGACUGCUUUUAGCCAAUAGGGCAGUGUGUA